AUGAGAGACAUCGCGCAGCCGUUUCUGUAUCAUUACAUUGUCCAACCUGAAAAGGCCGGGUUGCUUGCCCGCACUCUCCUCCAGCGACCGAGCCUUGCGCGAGCAGUUAAAGGGCUGACCAUCACUGCCGUAGGCUUCCACAAUGGAGAUGGCAAAACUUUGUCAGAGGAAGAUCAAGCGAAAUUGGAGGUGCAGGUGCAAACGAUUGCCACGGAUGCCCUAGAGAGAGACACGUCUAAGCGAGAAAAUUUUCUUGGAGUGUUAAUGUUAGCACAUACCCCCAAUGUACAAAGGCUCUCUGUGCACACAGAUUACUUCACCCCUAUGAUGUAUUAUCUGAACGGGGCCUUAUCUUGCCUCACUAUACUCCGUGCUAACUGCGAAGACACUGCCAAUGUGUUUGGCCUAUCGGCUCUGGCGGGUAUUAUGGCGGCCGCUCCAAAUCUGAAGACCUUCUUUGGAUAUAGCCUUACGGCAGUCGAUCUCGAGGAAGGCGAGGUAUUUAGUGAAAGCGUCACGGAAGUUAAUAUCGCAGAAGCCGCAAUCUUGAAAGAAGAUUUCGACAUGCUCAUUCAAGGGUUUCCAAGCCUUCAAGUCUUUCGCUUCGAGAUGGGCGGGGCCGCCGCCUAUGAGAUGUGGUGUGGGAGGCCGGCUGAUAUGGCAAAGUCUCUUUUAGCUCGCAAGGAGACAUUGAAGACACUCAACAUCAGCACAAGUGCCAGCUUUUACCCCUACGAGCUGCUGAAAAGGAACGAGGUCAUCGAUGACUUGUCUCGUAUGACAGCUCUUGAAACUAUCGUUCUCAGCAUCGACUCCAUCUAUACUGAAUUUGGCGCCAACAACUAUAGUGGCUCUGAUUCUGACACUGAUACAUCUGGAUCAAUUCUUAUUGACCUAUUGCCAGAGUCCGUCAGGGUCUUGGGCCUCGUGGAUCCUUCCGGUCUUUCAGAGGACAUUUUUCGAUUAGCUGCUUCUGCUCCUGAAAGAUUUCCGCUACUUAAAAAAGUCAAGCUCCAGGGUGCGGGUGAAUAUAAGCAAAAGGCGUACAAGAAAGCCUUCAAGAAGGCAGGCAUAAAGUGCGUUAAAGCCAAAGGCUUGGACAUCAUCGUACGUGGAUAG